AUGGAGAGGGUGAAGAAGAAGAUGCUGGGGUCACCAGCCAUGGUGCUUCUCUUCCUUGGUUUUGCUGUGCUUCUCAUGGUCCCAGAGGUCUCAGCUAAACGGUGGCUGGUCGGUGAUGGCAAAUUCUGGAACCCCAAUGUUAACUACACUGUAUGGGCCAGGGACAAGCAUUUCUACAUUGAUGACUGGCUCUUUUUUGUGUAUGAUAGGAACCAGAUGAAUGUGCUAGAAGUGAACAAGACGAAUUAUGAAAAUUGCAUUGCUGAGCAUCCAAUCCACAAUUGGACCACAGGAGCUGGAAGAGAUGUGGUUCCUUUGAAUGUGACCCGUCAUUACUACUUUAUCAGCGGCAAUGGGUUCUGCUAUGGCGGCAUGAAGUUAGCCGUUCGUGUUGAAAAGCUACCACCUCCACCCAAAGCUGCCCCUGAAAAAGCUGGGGCACCAAGCCUUUCCUCUAGAGGGGCCAUUCUUCUCAUGCCUGUUGUUUUUGCCAUUGGAGCAGCAUGGGAUGCAUUCAUUUAUUCACGGUAAUUGGCAGUGUUAUUCCAUGAUAUUCAGACCACAAUUCACAUCCUGAAAUAAUCCCAAAUGGGUGAUGUUCAUGUUGUGUUUCACAUUUUUUUUCUCCUUCUUUUAUUUUGCUGAAGGUAAUUGUUGUUUGGAUGGUGGUGAUAUUGGAUGUUGUUGACUUCAAAUAGGUCAAAGGGUGAUGUUUCAAGUUAGGUAGUGCUUGGUGUUUGAUUUUCAAAAUGUAUUGCUGUUUGAUAAGAAAUUAUGUCACCAACCUGUUUAGUUUAAUUUAUUGGAGAAUUCAAAUGCGGAAA